AGACACUAUCGAUUUUCUGUAUUAUAUACGACGAGCAAACUAAUUUUCUAAUGAGAGAGAGGGAGAACGAGAGAGCGUGCAAACACGACAUAGACAAAGCGGACCACGUUUACAUGGAGGCCAUGGUCGGUUGUUGGUAAUUCUGCACCAGCUACAGACCAUUUCUCUCCCUCCCUUUCAAUCCAAGACUCUCACCCUCUUUAGCAUUCACCAGUGCUGCCUCAAAACUAAGCAAAACCCACAUCAUCUUCCAAACCCUCACCGCCAAUAUUGCUAAGACCCGAUCUCAAACUCUCUGAUGAGGAAGCUCUGUCCAAACUAUGAUCGAGAAGAUGGGCUCGAUACAGUCCUCGAGGUCCCAAUCCCAGAAGAAAUGUUCUCCAACAGGAACGGUGCCAACAGGUCGUGGCAAAACAUGAAGUCGUGGAUGAAACCAACCGCUGAAAAAUCGCAGCAGUCCAUGACAACCGUCUUUGGAAGCCGUAACUCGGAGAUACAGCUCUUGCUCGGCGUCGUUGGAGCCCCGUUAAUCCCUCUCCCUAUCCAGUGCGUUCAGCAACCCAUUAACCGCAACAUCAAAGACCAUCCUAUCGAGGUUUCGAUGGCGAAAUAUAUAGUGCAACAAUACAUAGCAGCAGUUGGGGGAGAGAAGGCUAUGAGUUCCAUAGACAGCAUGUAUGCGAUGGGCAAGGUGAGAAUGGCGGCGUCGGAGUUCUCCGCAGGAGAAGGGAGCUUGAACAAUGAGGUGGUGAAGGUGAAGAGCGUGAGACAUGGGGGUGGAGAGAUGGGAGGAUUUGUUCUAUGGCAGAGGAGGCCAGAGCUGUGGUGCUUGGAGCUCGUUGUCUCCGGGUGCAAAAUCAGUGCCGGGAGCGAUGGAAAGGUGGCUUGGAGGCAGACCCCUUGGCACCACUCUCACGCUUCCCGUGGCCCACCUAGGCCCCUUAGACGUUUCUUGCAGGGUCUCGAUCCAAUGUCCACGGCACACUUGUUCUCCAAUUCUGUCUGUAUUGGCGAGAAGGCAAUCCACGAUGAAGACUGUUUCAUACUAAAACUAGAAGCUGAAUCCUCGACGCUAAGAGCAAGAAGCAGCAACAACGUAGAAAUAAUGAGGCACACAGUGUGGGGCUACUUCAGCCAAAGAACAGGCCUCCUAGUGCAGCUUGAAGACUCUCACCUCCUCAGAAUCAAAGCCUCCGGAAACGAAGGCAUCUUUUGGGAGACAACCAUGGAGUCACUGAUCCAAGACUACCGAACCAUAGACGGCGUAAACAUUGCACAUGCCGGCAAGACCUCGGUAUCUCUGUUCAGGUUCGGUGAGAGCUCGGAAAAUCAUUCUAGGACUCGCAUGGAAGAGUUUUGGACAAUCGAAGAAGUCGACUUUAACAUAAAAGGGUUGUCCAUAGAUUGCUUCCUGCCACCUGCUGACCUGAAGAAAGAGGAAGAAUCUGGGUUUACUGGUGUACUAGAAAGCAACACGAAGUUACCAUUAAGGAUUAGAUCUGCUUCGUCCAGGAUUAGUUCCUGUAAGGUAGCUGCCAUCAAUGUCGAAGACUCCGAGAACGCUGAGAGUGAUGAAGAACCGUGAAUCUGUUUUCAUUUUGUACAUAUACGUACGAUUACAUUAGACAUGCAUAAUUUA